AUGUCUGACGGGAGACAGGUCUUCUCAUCCAACAUUUAUGCCUCAGCGCCCAAUCCCUGGUGGUAUAUCACCCCGGGCCAUCCGAAAGUAUCUGCAGAGUCAAACUCUCAGUUCCCCAAUAUUAACGGUAGGAUGGUGGAUCAGGGUUCUAGCGGUGUCUUCGCCCUUGACAAACGGACGGAACCGCCCAGGCAUGCACCACAGGCGGUGAAUGCAGUAUCCACAAUCACAGGCCCUCCUCCAACUCUUCAGUAUCAUUCAAAUCAGCAACUGCAUCCGGAACUGCACCUGCCACGGCCGCUGCCCCUGCCUCAGUACCCACCCAGGAUCGUCGUUCUACCAGUAUCAGAGCAGCCUCCACAUGUAGGGAAGACCUACACCUCCCGCUUUCGCUCUCAACCCAAACCACCAAAACCAGCUCGGAUAGCGAAACCAAAGCAGGAAAAGAAGAGUAGUAUGACGCGCAGCAAUGCGCCCAGUUCACAUACGCGUACGUCAGCAGAGGCAGAGAUGCAGGUAGAAGCUGACGCUGAUCUAUCCACAGCUCGACCUCCCACUCCACUUCCCUUCCCUCCCUUGACACAUCCCUAUCGCUCGGACUCCAUCCCCCACUCGAGCUUGACAUCCGCGACAUGGUCGCAUUCGCCUAUGACACCAGUAGGCUACAAAGCAGGAGCAGAAGCAGAAGCUGCGCCACCCCCUGCCCGGCAACUUUUUAGCAGCCGCGCGCUACCCCGCCCACAGACGUGGAGUGUGAGGCAGGGUGAAGGAAGCGUGCUGCGCCCGUACAUCAGUGUCGCUGAUGCAUCGCCGGCUGCUUUGCCUCUGAGUCUGCGAGUCGGGUAUAGAAAACGGAUUCAAGUGCCUUCGAAUUCUUCUUCUUCUUCUUCUUCUUCUUCUUCUUGUUUUGCUUCUGUAAUAUCAGCAGAACCUGAUACAGGAGUUCGAUGUCGUUGUGAAGCGUGUUACCCAGGUGAAGAUCGGAUACAAGAACAAGCGCCGCCUACCCGCGCGCCACACCCAACUGCUUCGGCGUCUAAUGAUGCUAACGCGCAUCAUUCCGAUGCGGGAGCUUGCGCUACGGGGACAUCACUCCCGCUACAAGCUGGAAUUGCAACCUCGUCGGGUGGUGCAACUGCCACCCACAGAAAACGCGUGCGUGAAGACGCUGAGGAAUUUGCAAUGCCGCUUAGCUUUGAUCCCCGCCGUGCAUACACCACCCACAAAAAACGUGUGCGCGUGCGUGAACUUGAGGACGCCGACAAAUAUGCAACGCCUAACCUUGAUCCCCGUGCAUACACAUCUUCGUCGUCGUCCUCGUUGUUGUGUGCAUCAUCAUCAUCAUCGAAGCUGACUCCUCAUUUUUACACAGAUGCAGAAGCUCCUCUGAUCCAUAAUUCCUCCCAAGUUCCCUUCACCACAAUCACGACCUCCUCCUCCUCCUCCUCCUCCUCCUCCUCCUCCUCCUCCACCACCACCGCCGCCGCCGCCGCCACUGCCCGUUUACCCAAUUACCACACUCGGAAACCAACCCUUCGACUCCGACCAGCUACAUGGCACACCCCCAUACCCCCACUCGUAUUCGAGCCCCUUUGGACUCAGAACAAGCAAAGUCCACACACCAAUCCCGACCUCCGCCAACCGCGGCGGCCUAAAAUGCAUGCAUAUGGGAAUUUUCCGCAGGGUAAUGGGUUUCACAGGUACUACACACUGACUUUCUCCUCCUCCUCUUCCUCUUCUUCUUCCUCGAGCUCCAGCUCUAAUAGCACGAGCACGAGCACGAGCACAUGCUCAGAGUCCGUGCCCGAGUUGUCGGCGGAGGAUGACGUAGAAGAACACGGUGGGGUGUUGAAGAGAACGGUUGGAGGGAAGCGUGAGCUCGUAUCUCGUCCUUCAAAGAGAAAGAAAGCCCGGUCGGCCUCUCAGUCGAAUUUAAAGGAGCGAUAUUUGAGCUGUCCGCGGGCUGAGGCUGAGGUUGUGAUGCCGCCGCCACUGCCGCAAGCCCAAGCUCAAGCUCAAGCCGGAACACAAUUCACCGUCGAGCAAGAGCAGCAAGAUUCAGAAGUGAAUUUUGGAAAGUACGUCGAGGCUUUGCGGGGGUACUGCAGGAGGAUCGGCGAGGAAUCAAUUUUAACGCAAUUUGAUUCUAUCCUGUGGACACUAGAAAAAUCAAAGACAAAAGAGCUGCCGAACGGCGACGAACUCGCAUGCAUUGAAGACGUCGCAUACCUUCUCAAAGACCACCCGGAGGAAUUGCACGCGUUCGCACGCGUCUUCAACACAGCAUACACCAUCGAGUGCGGGCAUGGGUGGGUGAUGGUGUGUACCCCCUCCGGCGAGCUGUUCAAGACGACGGAAGAUGGUAAGGAACGGCCAUGGGAGUCCCGCGAUACUGUUCCUCCUGUGUAUCGGCCACGGAAUUCUGCAUCCGCCAAAAAGUGA